AUGUACGUAUCUAGAACAGGAACAGCUACUAAACGUUUUUGCGAUUUCUUUUUUUCUUUUCUUUCAGUAACUAACGUAAAAUCUGAUCAAGAAAGAAAGGACACGGUGAAUAUUCUUUUGCCUGCUACAAAUGAUAAGCAUAAACAGCCAUCUACUCCACAUACUCCUCAUACACCACUCAGCAACCAUGGUAGCACUGAAAUUCCUGCGAAUAAAUCAUAUUCCAUAGAUGAAACGCAGCCUAACGAUAUUGGUCCAAGUAAGGGUCCCUUUAUGCUUGCUCCAACUCCGGCACAACUUGGCCGAGCACCGCUACAAAGGAGACAGUCAAUGGCAAUGCCUCCCGCGUCAAAUGCAGGAGACCAUGGGCCUCUGAUGUCUCAACACAGUGAGAAUCGUCCACAAACAAAUGCAUCUCAAACCACAGAGCAAAUACAACAGCAGCAGAAUUUCUCAGAAUCUCACGCUUCCCCAUCACCAUCUACCAAGAAGGGUUCUUUCUUCAAGAAGAACGUCGAAGAUGGAAUGGACAGUAAAAUGUCAAAGGGGAACGUAAUUGAUUACAGAGUUCUCGAGCAAGUAAAUUUCCAAGAAAAAUUCUCAUCCUUGCCAGAAUUUAAACCAGAAGAUAUACAGAGUCCAAGCGCGAUCAGCAUUAACACAGCGGGUUCGUCUGGCCAUGGCCCGGUAGUAACGUCUGGCUUGCAUUCGUCAAAUUUACAAUCAUCGAUACAGAUGCAAAGUUAUCGGAAGAAAUCUGCACAAGCACCUCAUAGGCCCACAAUGAAUGAGGACGACAUCGAAUCAGAUACGUCAAUAUCUGCCACUCCAAAAUCAACUUCCAGCGUCAAGUUGACAGGGAACACGUUCUUCGGUCCCGAUUUCAACGUCGAUGCAUACAGAGCUAACACGGAUCUGGUAGGAGAUGUCGACGCUGGCUCUCCUAGGACACCGAAAACACCUGGAGGGGGUGCUGGAAACUCGGGUGUAGGAAUCGGCAGGAACGAAAAUGAACGGGGUCACAGGAAAGUGCUAGAGCAACGUCGACAUCUCGUGAUGCAACUGUUUCAAGAACACGGUUAUUUCCCUUCGACGCAAGCAACUACAACCUUUCAAGCGAAACACUCGGAUAUAUUUCCUAAUAAGACGAGUUUGCAGUUAAAGAUUAGAGAAGUCAGGCAAAAAUUGAAAGCUAACUCGACACCUAUGAGUGCUAACAGUCUAGUGAGUCCACUACCUGUUUCCGAACCCUCACCUAACGUAACUGGUAAUUACUCGAGCAUUAUUUCGAACAAUCGUAAAGUAAGAGAGUGAAACGUAAAUUCUGCAAAAUUAAUUUCUGCCUUUACAGGACCAUUGACUGCUCCUCCUACGUCGAUGGGAGCUCCACAUACACUGCCUGUAAGCAGUAGUGGUAGCUAG